UAGUGGACGAUAUUUGAACAUGCGUCGAGCUAGUUAGCUCGCGUUAGCAUCAGUUAUUAAUAACAACCCAUGAAUGCAGUAUUUGUAUUGCCCUGCAUGUUAACUAUAUUGUCAUUAAUACUGUUAGCUUGCGUAUGAACCACAAAACAGUGAAAGUUAUUUCAUUAAACAGGUCAUCUGCAAAGGGAUUCUAUUACAGCAAAGCUCCAGCAUGGCAGACAGCAUCAUGAGCAGGGCUGCCACCAUGGAGAUUCCCAUUAACAGCAACGGGGACUCCAGGACCAUCCCUGAGGACGACGGCCUGGAACAGGCUGCAAGGGCUCAGUGGAGCUUAGAUGAGAAGGCAGACUCAAGGGAUCUGCAGCAGGUAAUGGUAUCUGGACCCAACCUGAACGAGACCAGCAUCGUAUCGGGUGGCUACGGAGGCACGGCCGAGGGCAUUAUCCCCACCAGCUCCAUCAAAGGGCCAGCUAUCCGCUUCAAUGCUGACUUUCCGCCCCGGCGCAUUCCUGCCCCAGGACAAGGAUCCAACAUGCAUCACAGUGGAAGCAACCAAUCAGGGAUGGCCGAGGAGGCCACGAGAGGUAUCGCCGUGGAGAAGUUCGACUUCAUGAAGAAGUGGGGCCUAAACACCUACAAGUGCACAAAGCAGCUGAUCUCAGAGCGGUUUGGACGCGGCUCCAGAACGGUGGACUUGGAGCUGGAGGCUCAGAUCGAGGUUCUUCGGGACACCAAGCGGAAGUAUGAGCACGUUCUCCGUCUGGCGCGAGCGCUCACCAACCACUUCUACAGCAUGGUGCAGACCCAGCAUGCCCUGGGAGACACCUUUGCGGACCUGAGCCAGAAGUCACCAGAACUGCGGGACGAGUUUGGUUACAAUGCAGAGACCCAGAAGUUGCUGUGCAGGAAUGGAGAGACACUAUUGGGCGCCAUUAACUUCUUUGUGUCCAGCAUCAAUACAUUGGUGAACAAGACAAUGGCAGACACUCUUUGGACCAUCAAGCAGUAUGAAAAUGCCAGACUAGAAUACGAUGCCUACCGAGCAGACCUUGAGGAGCUCAACCUGGGCCCGCGCGAUGCCGUCACCAUGGCGAGGAUCGAGGGCGCUCAGGAGGAGUACCAGGCUCAGAAGGACAAAUACGAGCGUCUCCGUAGCGACGUGACCAUCAAGCUGAAGUUCCUAGAGGAGAACAAGGUAAAGGUGAUGCACAAGCAGCUGCUUCUCUUUCACAACGCCAUCUCGGCCUACUUUGCCGGCAACCAGCAGCAGCUGGAACAGACCCUCAAGCAGUUCAACAUCAAGCUGAAGCCUCCCGGUGACGACAAACCCUCUUGGCUGGAGGAGCAGUGAGCCGAGCCUUAUGGACCGGCCGACUGACCUACCAUGCACGCACGCACGCACACACACACACACACACACACACACACACACACACACACACACACACACAGAGUUAACUAAAUGUUGACGAGGGACCAAGACAGCCCAGUGUUUAGUGGCCAGAUAUCUGAGAAAAGGCAACACGUGGGGGCUUGAAAUCUUCACUCUUCCUUUUUUUCCUCUCCUUCCUCCUCUUCAUCCUCUAUCUUCAGUUCCUGAAUUUGGUUCAGUCGCUGAUUAAAAAAAACAAAAGAAGCUCCACACUCCACUAGCGUUCAGAUGUGUUCUUUUUUUGGAGAGAACGGCUGAAGAAAACCGACACAUCCAGAACAUAGAACUCGUUCCAUACAAUCCUCUCUUACUGUAUCUCAAUCAUCACGACCUUUAGCCACCAAAGCCCAAAUCCUUAAAAACGGACUAAUAUCCACCUGUGGACUAGUGGAUAUGUUUACUGCUUUCAUUUUUUUUUUUUUUUUUAUUGUAAGCCUGUUGUCAGUGUGAUUUUGAUGACAAACUUAUGAAGGACAUGGUUUAUCUGAGUACUAUUCAGAUAUGAAGUUUAAAGGGGUCAGUGAUUUUUGGGCUUGUGUGUUUACUAGUUUAAGUGUUUUGUUGUUCAGAAGCCCUUUGGAAACGGAGCUUGGAAAGUUGUAUGAAGCAGGCACACUACAUGCAGUGUGGCUGAUGCUUCAAGGAUGAUGAAUAUUUCCCAAACCACCUGACACACACACACACACACACUAAGAUACCCCUGUGGGUAAUUUUUUUUUAGAUAUUUCACCAAAUGGUGAAGAAUCUUCAGAAUGCAUCUUCAGUAACCGGUCAUUCAGCUUCAAAGAAAGGUCACAAAACAAGCAUUUAUUUCUCUUCACUACACAUUACAAGAUGAAGGGAUUUUGUUUUUCCCCAGUUGAUCUUGGACAAAAACAAUGUCUGGUGGAGGUCUUAUUCUGACAUCCAGCAUCCAGUGCCUGCUCCCUCCUGUCAAGACUUGGAAGUGGAGACUUUUUAUUCAUGUACAAUAUCCCUGAAGUGUCAGUGGUCACUGCAAAAAUGGAUCAUGUCGGUAGAUCAGUAAUGUCCUGAUUGCAUCCCAGUCGCUUAGCUUCAUGUUAGUUGGCAGUGUCGACCACACAACUGCACGGCUCUUGUUUUGGCACUCGUUAGAUGGUGGCGUAAAAAGUUGUGUAAUACGUUUUGGCAUCUAAGACUGGUCAGGGUUUAAGACCAUUGCUUUUUGUAAGUGAAGUCUUGCUGGAAUUACAAACACUUGGAAGACCUUGGAUGGAACACUUUGCUUUGUUUGUUCUUUGUAUGUGUUUUGUGUUUAUGUUUAUGUGUCUGCACUCCCUUAUUGAAACUGAUAGGUGGACAUGUACUGUAACAACAGGUCUUAAACUAUUGUUUGUUUGUUUGUUUGUUUGUUUGUGUCCAUAACGGAUGACUCCAUUGUCCAGUGAAGAAUAUUUGCCAAAAUCAUUAUAAGCAUGAAUGAAUUUAUCUGUAUUGGAAAACUAAACCGGAAAUCUAGCUUAAUUUUCACUAUAAGCCUCAUUUUGCCAGCUUUGGAGAAGACUACACAAAUGCAUGGUAUUAUUUAUCUCCCUGUUCUUUGAUCUGCAGUGUUAGUUUUUAAACUCAAACUGCAGAUAGGAGGCGAGCAACAUGUCAUGACAGUGGCUUGUUUUUGUUGCAAACUUUGUCCAAUACCUCCAGAUUGUAUUCUGUAUUUGUUGUAAUUUGUCUUGAGUAAGAACUACGAACGAAAUGCUGAUAAUAGACUUUAUGCAAAAUCAACAUGCACAUAGAAUAAUGCAUCUUGCUAGUUGCUACAAAUUUCUAACUGGCGCACGCCAUGCCAAACACUCUGUUUGGAAUGCUAGCGCCUUUUUUUAACUACAAACAAAACCUACUCACAUUAUUAAUACAUGAUCAUUGACACUUUGACCCUAAUAGCUGCAAAGAAAACUGCUGAAAUCUCUCGUUUUAGUAGAGAGGUAUUUGAGAACGCGGUCGCUCUUGAAAACGCAACACGUAACUGUUCUUGAAACGACACUAUAAGAGGCUCAUGAGCUUGCCAUGAAGCAAUACAAAGGAGGCGUCUCUAAUAAUCUAAUCUUGCACUCUGGUCCGUGUGCUACUCCUCUGCUCCGCGUGUGCAUGCCAAUGUGCGAUGCAACUCCUCCAUAUCUGUGAUCUGUUCUCAGACCAGCUCUGCUUGCAUAUGUGAGCAGCAAAGAUUCUAGAACAGAGCUCUGUUCUAGAAUCUUUGGUGAGCAGGCUCGUGUGAUGUGAUGCUUCCUGAAUAUGGAGACUGUCUUUGGUCAGCCUAAGACAUGACUGUGGUGAUUUUGUAAACCCCCCCCCCCCCAAUAUGUCCCUUGUGCAGUCCUUCCACUUUGACAUACACUGUUUGUCAGAUUGACUUGAUGUAACCUAGAUGCUGGGCAUAGGACAGAGACAUUGACUUGUGAAAGAACUAUAUUUAACAAAGAAAGCUUACAUUUUUACAGAAUGUUUUUAUUUUUCCUAUAAAUGUUGUGGCAUGUUGGUGUCCAGAAAGGAUCAUGCAGUACUGUUGUUACAUCUGCGAAGAAUGUCAUAGACAUUUCUGAUAUACUGUAUCGUAAUGGUCUCAAACUCUGAAGGAGCUGAACCUUGCAGUGAUAAAGUUUUUUUUUUGUACUAUUAACUCCCAUCUGACCUAAUGCACCUGGUGUUCCUUGCCUCUUUGUACAAUUCAGACCCUGUAGAGUUGAUUGUUUUCAUACAUCAGUGUGUCUCCUUUUAACCACUAGUGAAGACCAUGGAAAGAGUUCUGAUGUAGUCCUAGUUGGCAGCUGACGGAGGGAUUUCUAAGCAUAUAUAUUAUUUGUGUACAAUCAGUUGUUAUCAGCUGCUCUGUGAUUUUUCUAGCGUAUGAUUGUAUAUAUGGAUAUUUAAGAUGACAAAAACGUGAACUGGAUUUCUGUAAAGAUUGCCUUUAUCUCUCAGUCUGACCAAACCUCUGGAACAUGGAAACUCAAACCCACAAGAUGAAAUAAAAUGUUUCCAAAAUGUA